AUGCUGAGGUUCAUUCGGAUUGCCAAAUGCUAUAGUACGGCUUCCCUGAGUCGACAGAGGCCGCAAUUCCAUGAAGUUUUCCCUCAAAAGAGGACGGUCAACAGGAUACUCUUUGAACUUGAUAGUAAGCAUACGUUUGGCAAAUUGUAUCCUGUAUACGAUAACAUCUAUCAAAAUAUGCAGAAGGGAAUUGAUACUGAGAUACCCAAGGGUAUUAGCCCGUCAGAUUUGAUGAUAAUGAAGAAAGUGUUAGAAAAGAUUAGACAUAGGACUAAAAGUAUAAAUCCUCAUUUAUUGGCACUAGAAAAUGCUCUCUUAGAUAGAUCAGCAGAGCUGGGUAAUAACGAUGCAAUUUCCUUGCUUGCAUUCGAUGUAUUAAGAGAUCCUGGGCAUAACAAUCCAGAAGAUGUAGAUUACGGCAAGAAAUUGAUCAAAGAACUAUACAAGAAAAACCAUCAUUUGACAAUGAAACUUUUGGGAGACUUAUCACUAAAGUCUGGUAAUGACACUGAGGCAUGCAAAUAUUAUUUGAAGUUCUUGGACCUAGAGGAUAGAACUUUCCUGGCGGGAGAAGUUUAUGGCAAAUUGGGUCAGAUUAAUUUCCGUAAACCAGAUCUACGAAAGGCUGAACAGUUUUUUCUAAAAGCAAUUAAGCUUUCACCGUUGGAAUACUCUGUUCACUCUCAUUUUUACCUUGCUCAAAUCUAUAUGAACUCGGAUCCUCUCAGAGCAAGAGUUCUCAUGGAGAACUGUGCAACUCAAGGAUUCAGGGAAUCUUUCAAAACUUUGGGGUUUUUAGAAAUGAAUUACUUUGAAGAUUUUUUUAAGGCACAAGAAUGGUUCAGGUUGGGGUUAGAACUCUUUCAAAUUGAAUGCUUCAUAGGAUUUUUCGACUGUUGUGCCAAAUUGAAGAAUUGGACAGGGGCCAACAAGUGUUAUGAAACUAUGCUUAAAUUACAAGAGGUUAAUGCUAAUUAUAAAGAAAUUAUCGACAAAUUUGUUACAAACCGUCAAGCAGAAGUGAAAGAAGCUAUGAAAUAUUCUUCCAAACCGCUUUCCGACCCGAAGACAUUUGAGAGUGCCGCUAAAAAGGAUCCUUUUGUAUCAAAGGAGAAUAAGUGGGGACUAUAA